ACAGUUUAUGUCCAGGAUGUGAGGGGUCUGUAAAUAUUUUCACAGCCCUCUUUUUGACUCAUGCAGUAUACAGGUCCUCAAUGGAAGGCAGGUUGGUAGCAAUUGUUUUUUCUGCAGUUCUAAUUAUCCUCUGAAGUCUGUGUCUGUCUUGUUGGAUUGCAGAACCAAACCAGAGAGUUAUAGAGGUGCAGAUGACAGACUCAAUAAUUCCUCUGUAGAACUGGAUCAGCAGCUCCUUGGGCAGUUUGAGCUUUCUGAGUUGGCGCAGAAAGAACAUUCAUUGUUGUGCUUUUUUGAUGAUGUUUUUGAUAUGAGCUGCCCAUUUUAGAUCUUGGGAUAUGGUAGAACCUAGAAAUUUGAAGGUCUCUACUGUUGAUACUGUGUUGUCUAGUAUUGUGAGAGGUGGAAGUAUGGGAGGGUUUCUCCUAAAGGCUACCACCAUUUCUACGGUUUUGAGUGUUUUCAGUUCCAGAUUGUUCCGGUCACACCACAAGGAAAGAAAGGAAGAAAGGCCAUGAGAAUAAAUCUUCCAAAGAGAAACAUCCUUUUGCCAGCUUGGGACAUCUUCUAUCAUAGCAUGAAGAAAGUUCUUGAGAAGAAUAACCAACUUCUGUAACAAUGACUGCUUCCCUUCUACUUCUGUUCCUAAUUGCUUGCGAGACCACUGCUUUAGAGGUGGUCCCCUACACUCCACGAGUCUCAGACUUCAACAUGGCUGGAAAAAUCACCGCCAGUACUUUUGCUUUAGAAUCGCCAAGGUGUGUCUUUGACUCAUUCAUCAAUGCCUCCGAUAACAUCUGGUUGGUAAUCACCUUUGCUAAUGCCACAACUCACUUCAAGAACCCCACAUCCACACAGCAAAUUCCACCAUACGAAGAAUUAUAUACCGCUUAUGCCUUCAUGACAAUGAAGUCCACCCUCUCCCAAUACCCAUGUACUAAAGGCAAAACGACGAAUGUGCUCCGAGUUGGCAACGAAUCAUCCUGCAAAAACGAUGACACCAGGACCCACUGCAAUGGCCCUCUGCCCUCUACUGGACCUUACAGCCUUGCUUGGUCAGCAGCUGAAACCUGGAAAACAAUAGACACUUGGCCUGGCCGACGUAGCGGGGACAUGAUUGUCAUCACUGUCAUUCUCUCCACUCUCUGUGGAGUCAUCACCAUUGGCUUCCUGAGCACUGUCUGUUACGAAUGCUUCAAACGUUGGCGCCAUGAUCCAUCUGAGAAUCAAGAGGAGCAGCGCCCGGAGCCUUUCCAAGGCAGCCGCUAUGACACCCAUCACAUUCCCCCUGCCCCAGCUGUGCCCCCUCCUCCCCCACCUUCUGCAGAUAUGCCUAGCCCUCAUCUCACCCCUUCAUAAAGCCCACAACUGCACCAAAAGCCCCCUAACUGGAUCUCUAUGUCUUUCUGUCAGACCCCACUCACACCCACAACCAUGCUGCGGAAUGGGACUUUUCGCCUCCUACCCAUGGCCACACCUGCUUCUCCACCAGGCUUCCACCUCAGGGAGGGGAUUGUCUUCUAGCUUUUCUCCUCAGCUGACAUACCUCCCCCCUCAUCCGCCACGGCCAUCCCACACACUUCGGCACGGCCCAUUCAACGCCACACUGUUAGUCCUGGGCUUUUCUCCUCCGGGGACAGUUAGCCACCAGCCAAUCAGCUACUUGCCAAUGCUGGCAGCCAGAAGCCAGCUUCAUUCAAAGGAGUUUUUGUUUCAGAUGGGUAUCCUAGCUUUAGAAAGAGAAAGAGAGAGGGAAGGAGGAAGGGAAGGGGGAGAAAGAGAGAGAGAGAAGGAGACCUUAUAUCAUCUUGAUAUAAUUAGAUGUGCCUCUAACAGAGAGGAGAAAUUCCCAGAAAAGGGAAGGAGUUCACUAGGCAAGGCUGCCAUGCAGAGGAAGGCAGAGAUAGUCCUCGACUUACGACAACAAUUGAGCCCAAAAUUUUGGUUGCUAAGCAAGAGCAUUGUUAAAGUGAGUUUCGACGCAUCUUACUCAAUCCAUCCUCCAGCAGUGGAUGUCAAUCACUGUGGGCCAGAUUCAGAAUUUUAAAGCAAAGACCUGCCAGAUUACUUGUAAGGGAAGGGUAAAGGUACCCCUCGACUUACUGUAUGUUCAUCAUUGAGCCUCAAAUCUCCGUUGCUAAGGGAGAUAGCUGUUCAGUGAGCUUUCUCCCACUUUAUAACAGUGUGGCAUCGAAUGGGCCGUGCCGAAAUGUGUGCGAAGGAGGGGCCAUGGCUGAUUGGCCAUGGCGAAUAGAUGGGGUCAUGUCAG